AAUAAAAUUAGAUAAACAACAAGAAAAAUUAGCUAAAAAUGAAAUGAAUAUUGUUAAAACAAAAAAAAAAAAGAAUAAAAAAUCAAAAAGACAACAAAUUAAUACUCAAGAUAAGUCAACAACAACAAAUUCAAAUGACAAAGUUGAACAAAAUGAUAAUGCAAUUGUUGAUAAUAAAAACCAGCUGGAUUUAAAUAAAAUUCAAAAAUUAUUAGCACAAAAAAAAAGCAUGUCAAAGGAGAAGAAAGAAAAAACAAUGUCAUUAAGAGAAAGAAUGUUGGAGCAAUUAAGAUCAGCAAGAUUUAGAUAUCUUAAUGAAACACUAUACAACAACAAUAGUUCAGACUCUAAAAAAUUAUUUGUUGAAGAUCCAGAUGCAUUUGAAGCUUAUCAUUCUGGUUAUCGUCAGCAAGUUAAACAAUGGCCACUAAAUCCACUAGAAAUUAUCAUAAAUACAAUUAAAAAAAUGCCAAAAGAAUAUGUUGUUGCUGAUUUUGGUUGUGGUGAUGCCAAGCUUUGUGAAUCAGUUGAACAAAAAGUUCACUCACUUGAUUUAGUUGCUGUUAAUGACAAAGUAACAGCUUGUGAUAUGGCACAUACAUCCUUGCUAACUAGCAGUGUUCAUGUUGUUGUAUUUUGUUUAUCAUUAAUGGGAAAAAAUUUAGCAGAUUAUCUUUUAGAAGCAAAUCGUGUUUUAAAACAAGAUGGAAUAUUAAAAAUUGCUGAUGUUGAAAGUCGCUUUGAAAAUAUACAAGAAUUUGUAAAGUCAUUAGAAAAAUAUGGCUUUCAAAAUACAUAUCAAGAUUUAUCAAAUAAUUUAUUUUAUUUUAUGGACUUUAAAAAAAUUGAAGAUGUCAAUAGAAGAAACAAAAAUCUUCCACAAGUUUAUUUAAAAACAUGCUUAUACAAAAGAAGAUAAUUUAUUUACUUUGAUAAAUUAAAAUACUGUACCACAUUAUUUAAUUUAAUAAUUUAUGUGGAUUAUUAAUGUUUGUGACAGCUUAAUCAGCAUGACAAGAUUUCAGGCAUACUGAUCUGAUUGACACAUUAUUUUUUUUUCAAAUAAAAAUAAUUAUGCAAUUCAUAAAUAAAUAAAUCAUUGAGUAUACUUAAAUUUUUUUUUAUUAUUAACAUAUAUAUUUGAGUAUUAUAAACUUGAAAAAAUAUACUUACAUAAUCAGUACGAAAAAAUUAACAACACUAUUUUAUAAUUAAUUAAUUGAUUGAAAAAUAAAUGAUUAAAAAUCAGGUAAAUUUGGAUCCAAAUCAUCCAUCAUUUCUGCAUAUUCAUCUUUUAAAUUUUCAAUUUUUUCUUUCAACAAUAGCUAAAAUAUUUAAAAAAAUAUGUCAGGUACAAUUUUAAGAGUCAAUUUUAUUUAAUUACUUACAUGAGCUGAUGAAAUAAUACGACUUAUUGAACUUUUUGGCAUGUAACGAAUUUUUUCAGCAAUUUCUUUGGCAUCUGCUGUUGCAAUUGAUUGUAGUGUUUUAUAGCCAGCAUUGUAAAGUUGUCUAGCUCUUCCCUAUUUGUCAAUAAAAAUAUAUUAUUUAAAUUUUCUAUUACGUAAAUUACGUGGAAAAUUAAAUAAUAAACUUACUGCUUUAACAGUUGGUAAUUCCAUUAGAAUUUCUAACUCGCCAGAACAUCCAUAGCUCAAUUUUUUAGUAAAUACUUUAAUUAAAUCUGGGAAUGCCCAAAAUUCUGGUAUCUCUUGGCAAAAUUUAAUAAUACAAUUUGCAAAUGAUGCUGAUGAAAUCAUGAUGUUUUGUAUCCAGCCUCUAUCAACUUUAUAUUUUUCGGCAACAAUAUGAAUUGACUGUUGAUUAUUCAAUUCAUACAGUAUCAAUGUCAAAUAAAAACGAGAAAUAACUCUGACUGAAACACUCUAAAGCAAUUGUAUAUAAUUAAAAAAAAUAGGUGAAAAUUAUUUUUGAUGAUGAUAGAUACCUUUGGUACAACACCUUCACGUAAUUUUAUAACAGUCAUUUCGUUAAUCCCAAGUAAUCUUGAUACAACCAUCAGGCUUUCUGGUAGACUCAUUAUCUGUUGAUGAUUAUUUUUAGUUAAAAAAAAACAACAACAAUAAUAGAGAUAUAUUAUUUAAAAUUAAUAAACAUACCACAUCAUAAAGUACCAAUCCAUCAACUUUAAAUUUAUCAGAAAAAUCAUACGGUGUUAUCAAGUAAAGUAAAUGCAAAUCAUUCAACAGUAUCAAUUGCUUUUGAGCUGUUUUUAAAUCUUCAGCAAGAAUAUAAGCUGUUUUUAAAUCAAUAUUAGCUGUAGAAAAAAAAAAAAACAA